AAUCUCUCUAUAUAGACUAACAAUCCUUACUUCAACCAUCUACUGAAUACAAAGGAAGGUUUGAAUUAUAAUGGAGAAGGAAGGUGAAGAGUUAAAGGUGAUGAUUGUGGAGCGUUGCCUGGUGCGGCCAUGCCUGCCGUCACCCCAAGGCUCCCUCUAUCUGUCCAAUCUUGAUAACCAGCCAGCAGCGAGAAGUGUGUUUAAUACGUUGCUUGUGUACGAGGGUUGUGAAAAUAAUUUAGCAGAUCCUGCCAAAACAAUUAGGGAGGCUCUGUCGAAGGUGUUAGUGUACUAUUAUCCUCUGGCCGGGAGACUGAGAAAGAAAGAAGAUGGGAAGCUCCAAGUGGAGUGCACAGGAGAAGGUGUUCUGUUUGUGGAAGCCAUGGUAAGCAACAACCUAUCAGUCUUGGGAGAUUUGGACUACCUCAAGCCAUCAUUUAAACAGCUGCUCUUUACAUUCCCUUUCAACACAGAUAUUGAGGAGCUUCAUCCCUUGGUUAUUCAGGUAAAUCGUUUCAUGUGUGGAGGGUUUGUUGUAGCAGUGACUUUCAAUCAUAGUAUAUUUGAUGGAAAAGGGUUAGGGCAAUUUCUCAAAGGUCUUGGAGAGAUGGCUAGAGGAGAUGUUAUGCCCGCUGUGAAACCAGUAUGGGAUAGAGAGCUUCUUAAACCAAGGAAUCAAUUGGUUCAAGACUUAGACAUGGUUGAAGAAAAAACAAAAAGUGCACCCCACUUGUGGACAUUUCCCAUAUAUAAGGAAUCAAUUCAAAUGUCUCUUAUAUUGGACUCUAAUACAAUAAACUAUAUUAAGCAAGGAAUUCUAGAAGAAUGUGGGGAAUUUUACACUACAUUUGAAAUUGUUAUAGCUUUGAUUUGGCAAGCAAGGACCAAGGCACUUGAACUUCCACACUCUCAAAGUACAAAUACUUUCUUUGCAGUAGAUGUAAGGAAAUCAUUUGAUCCACCACUGCCAAAUGGAUACUAUGGAAAUGGUUUUGUUGGUGCAUGUGCAAAGGGUACUGCCCAUGAACUCGUGAACCAACCUCUUUCAUAUAUAGUGAAUAUUAUAAAGAAAGCAAAGAUGUCUAUGACUAUCAAUUAUCUUAGAUCAAUAGUUGAUAUGGACCAAUUUCCUUUUGAUGCUCUUGGUAGCCAAUACAAUCAAACUCUUAGUGACUGGAGGUGGUUGGGAUUUCAUGAAGUUGACUUUGGAUCAGGAUGUCCAGUGAAUGUAUGUCCUAUGCAUUGGAAUGCAAAUGGAUUUAACAUACCAUGUACUUUCAUCUUCCUUCCUCCCUCUAAGAAAAAUGUUGGUGGAUUUAAGAUGAUAACAUGGAUGCACCCACAAGAAUUCAACUUAUUUGAAAUGGAAGUAGAAGUCAUCAUCAACAAAUAUGUUAAAAAAAACUAGAUGCAUAUGUUUUAAUGUAUAUAAAUCAAUGGAGAGUCUACCAUGUGAUACAUAUCCAUUGAUUUACUUAUAUUGAGUCAUUUGGAAAAAUUGUGUAACUGAUUAUAUUAUAUAAUGAGUAGGCAUACAUGGGUUUACUAGUUUACCCUCCAUUAUGUUAUUAGGAAGAAGUCUAUAUAUAGAAGGUGAAUAUAUUUGUGAGGAAUGUGAAGAGUUAGGUAUCGUGGUUGGGAUCUCUUGAAUAAAUGGUAUGGAGUGGAUUAUUCCUUAGGGAGCAUUGUAUGAUGUUAUCCUACUCUAUAAGCUUGUUUUAUUUCUUCACAUAUUUGAUAUUAUGUCUUUUUGGCAUAUAAACAUCUCUUGUAUUGUGUGUGGUCUAUCUUCUAUAUUAUAUUAUUUUCAUAUUUAUAAGUUUGGAUCUUGUCAA